UGCAAAGUCUUUUUCAGUCUGUAAUUUGGAUGCGGACAUGGCUGUUCGGGAUAAAUCACUCUCCUGCUUUCCAAUCAGAGCAAUUUUUCUCAUGGUGGUUCUGUUUAAUGUGACUGAAGGUGGAAGGCUUUUGGUAUUCCCACAAGAUGGUAGCCACUGGCUAAGCAUGCAGAGUUUAGUAGAAAAAUUAUCUCAUAAAGGUCACCAAAUUUUUAUGGUUAUCCCUGAAACCAACUUAUUUCUAAAGGGUUUAACAAAUUACACAGUGAGAUCUUUUUCUACACCCUAUGGCAAAAACUUCUUAGAAGAUCAUAUGAAGAGCAUGAGUAAAGAAGUAUUUAAAGAUAAUCCAUUUUUACAGAGGAUGAUGCACAUGCAUCGGAGAAUAAGUAACAUGACUGGCUCUUUGCUGGAAGCCUGCAAAAACCUUCUGAACAAUGCUACCCUCAUCAAAGAUCUAGAACAGAGAAAUUUUCAUGCUGUUCUAAAUGAUCCGGUCCUCCCAUGUGGAGAAAUAGUGGCUGAACACCUCUCUAUACCAUCUGUGUUUUUCAUGCGUGGGGCUUUGUUUGGGAUUGACCAGGAGGCCUGUUUAUCACCCAGUCCUCCUUCUUAUGUGCCCAGAAUAUUCACCACAUACUCAGACCACAUGACUUUCAGUCAGAGGGUGAAGAACCUGUUGGUGUAUUUAACUGAACAUGUCCUUGGAAGAUUGUUCUACUCCUCCUAUGCCAGCCUGGCAACGGAUUUUUUGAAAAGGGAAGUAACGGCCAUAGAUCUUUUUAGUCGGGCUUCCAUCUGGCUCCUAAGAUACGACUUUACUUUUGAAUACCCUAAGCCUGUGAUGCCCAAUAUGAUUUUUAUAGGAGGCAUUAACUGUGUCAAUAGAAAGCCCCUGACUGAGGAGUUUGAGAAGAUUGUCAAUGGCUCUGGAGAACAUGGGUUUGUUGUUUUCUCUAUGGGUUCAAUGGUGUCUGAAAUUCCUAUGAACAAUGCAAUGGAUCUUGCAGAGGCUCUGGGAGGAAUCCCUCAAACGGUUUUAUGGAGAUAUACUGGGACUCCACCAUCAAACCUUCCUGAGAAUGUUCAUCUAGUGAAGUGGCUACCCCAGAAUGACCUGCUUGCUCAUCCCAAGGCCCGAGCUUUUAUCUCCCAUGCUGGAUCACAUGGCAUCUAUGAGGGCAUUUGUAAUGCGGUGCCUAUGGUUAUGUUGCCCUUAUUUGGAGACCAGAUGGACAAUGCCAAGAGGAUUGAAUCUCGAGGGGCAGGAAUAACGAUCAACGUCUUGAAUCUUAUUCCAGAUGACCUAACCAAAGCAUUAAAUGAAGUGAUACUGAACCCAAGUUACAAGGAGAAUGUCCAGCGACUGUCAUCUCUGCACCUGGAUAGACCAAUAGAGCCACUGGACCUUGCUGUGCACUGGGUGGAAUUUGUUAUGAGACAUAAAGGUGCUCCACAUCUGCGCCCUGCAGCCCAUGACUUGAACUGGAUCCAGUACCAUUCACUGGAUGUCAUUGGAUUCCUCCUGGCUGUGCUGCUUACAACACUAUUUAUCACCCUGAAGUUCUGUGCCUUCUGCUGUCGAUGCUGCUGUAGAGUUGGUUCCAGAAAGAAAUCCAAACCCAAGUCAGAAUAGGACUGACUAGAAAAUGAUGUGCGUCUCCUGAAUACUCAAGCUGCUCAACAGCAGUAGGUCAAGUCCACUCCUCAAAUAUCACUGAUGGCUGGAGUGUAGAAAUACUGUUCUAUAAACAAUUACAGUGCACAGAGGGCUGGUAUUACACUCUUAGUGUCAGACCGAUACACAGCACAAAAGCCAUUCAAUUGAAACAGUUGCACACAUAAUUAGUAGUUUUGCUGAUUUGUAGGUAACAUCUCUCUUUAAGGAGUGGUCUAUAUCCUUUUUCUAUAGUAGCCAGCCAGGUCUUAGAAUCAAAAUUGAGAAAACAGUUAGUUACCUGUGUUCUAUCCCAAAACCUAUAUAAAAAGGGUGUUUUUAUUGCUAUAUUUUGGCCAAAGCAUGACAUUUCACCUGCCAGCGUCAACAGGUUAAGGCAUUAAAGAUGUUCAAUGUAGGUUGCAAACAAACAAAGGUAUAAGAGCACAGUAUAACUGAUUUUAAAUGCAUCACAUACUGACAUUCCUUAGGGUAGGUCUUGUCUGUGGGGUUUGCCUUGAUGCUGACAAGUGAACUUGUAUUCUUUGGCCAAAAUAUGGUUCUAAAAAACAACAUUUUCAUUUAUAUGUUGGGGUAGGAGUAGUGUACAAGUAACUUUCUCUUUGUGAAAUAUUGCUGUAUUUUGAACUUGUUGCAGCCCUUUAAGACUGGGAUUUGUGCACAGUUUUUACUUUUUUCUUUUUCUUAGCAAAAUAGUUGAGUACUGUGCCACUGGAAAUUAAUUAAAGGGACACUGUACCUAAAAAAUUUCUUUUGUAAUUCAUAAAGAGCAUGCAAUUUUAAGCAACUAUCUAAUUUACUCCUAUUAUCAAUUUUUCUUCAUUCUCUUGCUAUCAUUAUUUGAAAAAGAAGGCAUCUAAGCUUUUUUUUUGGUUUCAGUACUCUGGACAGCACUUUUUUAUUGGUGGAUGAAUUUAUCCACCAAUCAGCAAGGACAACCCAGGAUGUUCACAAAAAUGGGCCGGCAUUUAAACUUACAUUCUUGCAUUUCAAAUAAAGAUACCAAGAGAAUGAAGAAAAUUUGAUACUAGGAG